AUGAGUGGAUGUGCAGUGCAGUGCAGUGCAGUCAGCAUAGGAGGUACUGAGUCACAACCUGAAGAGACUCCUGGGCAUCCACCAGAUCCGAUCAGAUUCCUCCACCCUCAGACUGAUCACAAGCCGAACCCCAAACCUACCAACAACACCUCCCGCGCCCGCCGCCCUCCUCCGCCGUGUGUGCACCACUCGUUCCUUGCCCUUCCGCCGCCCUCUUGUCGUCAGCAGCGUAGAGCCGACCAAACCAUGGUGCUCGGCCACAGGAAAGGCUCGAUCGUUUCGAGUGCGCGUGGAUCCACCGAGCAGGACCGCAGCGACAAUGAAGGUGCAGACGGCGACCAAACCGUCGUCAGCGAAGAGCAGGGCAACAUCCUCACACACAUCAUCUCUCAGCUACGACCCGGCGCCGACCUGUCCCGUGUCACUCUGCCCACCUUCAUCUUGGAGCCCCGAUCAAUGCUCGAGCGUAUAACAAACUUCAUGGCACACCCGGAAACGAUGCUGCACAUUCCCGAAAUUGAUGACCCGGUCGAGCGAUUCGCCGCCGUGACCAAAUUCUACCUGUCCGGUUGGCACAUCAAACCACCCGGCGUCAAGAAGCCGCUCAACCCGAUCUUGGGAGAGGUGUUUACGGGCUACUGGGACUAUCCGGAUGGGACCAAAGGCUAUUACAUCAGUGAACAGACGAGCCACCAUCCCCCCAAGAGUUCCUACUUCUUCAUGGCCCCAGAACAUCACAUCCGGAUCGAUGGCUGUUUGAAGCCGAGGAGCAAGUUCUUGGGCAAUAGUGUGGGCUCUUUCAUGGAGGGGAUUGCGGUUAUGCGCUUCUUGAACCGAAAUGGUGAAAGAUACUUCAUCACUCAACCCAACAUGUACGCAAGAGGAAUCCUGUUCGGCAAGCUGAAGUACGAGUUGGGAGACCAUGCGAUUGUGAAAAGUCCGGAAUUGGAUCUGGAGGCCGAUAUUGAAUUCAAAGUGAAGGGAUGGGUGGGUGGUGGAUACAAUGCCAUCAAUGGCUAUAUCAAGAAGAGCAGUACCGGGAAGAAUCUGUUCGAGUUGACGGGGCAUUGGCAUGAGAAGAUGUAUAUCAAGGAUCUCUCUACGGGCAAGAAGACCGAGUUCUUCGAUGCGAGCCACGCGACGCCGAGCCAUCCAAAGGCACGACCGUUGGAGGAACAGGCUCCACGAGAGUCGCAGAGGUUGUGGUACGAAACGACACAGGCCAUCAAAAAGGCUGAUCAGAGGACGGCAACCGAUGCGAAGAGCAAGAUUGAAGACGAGCAAAGACAGGAAGCCGCUGAGAGGGGAGACAGCCCGUGGCAGCCCAAGCUCUUCAAGGCCAUCGCGCCCGGAGACGAAGAGAAGCUCGAGUGGAUCAUUGAUGCUGAGGUGGAUUACCAUGCGCCGGCAGAGAAGCAGGUGGAGCAGAUUCUGGCCGUGGCGCCUAUACUGCCUGGACAAAGGCACACGAAGGAAUUUGAUGAGCAGGAGAAGCUACCGUCUCAGAUGAUGAACCCGCCACAAGCAUCACACCCGACUGCUUCCACUUCCAACAACAAUGAUGAUGGUCCUACUGCCGAGGCGGACCAAGCCGCACAAGCGUUCCGAGCACAAGGAGCCCACCAGCUGCCGCUCCGUGGCACUGCCGCAAUUGCGCAACAAACACAACGGCAGAACGACUUGGUAGACUUUGGACAGAAUGAUGGUACGAGUGAUGUACCUCCUCCUCCUCAACGACAAGCCACCCACACUUCGGUGGAAUCUGCGCCUGUUGCCACUGGUUCCGCCACGACAUCAGAAAUGUUGCAAGAACCUCUUAGACCAACUCAAACCACACCAGCACCUACUAGCACGUCUGAAUCUGCUACAGGCGCAGUCGCCGCGACCAAGCCCUUGUAUUAUAGGAACCCUACGAAGCCCGGCAAGGCGCCGAGUGCGGCUGGCCGAGUGACGAGCAUGAAUCAUGAAGAAGUAAUCAGCAUGCUGGGCAUGGGGCGUAAUGGAAAGGACGGAAAAAGAUUUGUCUAUAUAUCAUCCUACGAGCACAACAGAGCACAACGUAACUCCUGAGAGAGCGACGCUUCUUCAACAGAGCCAUGCUCUU